CUCGGCUGCGGCGGCGUCGGUGAUGGAUUGCUUUGGUCUGGCGUCUCAUUGCGACCCAAAAUUGAAAGAAAACAGCAUCAUGGUGGGAGACUUUCGGCUGAAAUUGUGUGGGAAAUGAUUUGAAAAAAUUAAAUAAAAGAAUGAAGAUUUUAUUUUGUGUAUUUAUAUGUAGUGCAUGUAGUACAGGAGCGAUUUGGAAACGUUUUUAAAACCCCACACUGAUUUCUGUUCACGCUUUUAAACAGUGUUGCUAAUUCAUACCUAGUUAGCAUCGAGUAGUGGUAUAACUCAUUUAUAAAUCACAUUUGCGUGUUGUGUAGUGUUUGUUUUUAGUAGUUAGUUCUCCUGCUGUAACUGGCUGCUGGGUUUAUGUUUAACUGGAAGCCAAAGGGAUUCACUGACAGCACUGCAGCCCUCAACAUGGAUGUCGAGAGGGCGAAGACUUUUGGGCUCAGGUGGACGUGGACGUGGCUUUUGAAGAGCUCUUGGGCUUCCUGUUGUGUCUGAGAGAAGCGAUCAAAACCAAAACAGCCUCGGAUAAAUGCUACAUCCAAGGCAUGAAUAUCAUUCUAGAGUCGGAGAUCUCACUCAAUUCAGCAUGGAGGAAUGAUUCUUUUGAAGAGGUGCUGAUCGGAGAAGACAUCCUGACCGUGUCAGUAUCAGACUCGCAUUGCACUAUCGUGAAAAUGAAGGAACCGCCUGUGCCGGAAGACACCUCACAUGACGACGCAUCAAGGAACCCUGAGCCCGGUUCAGAUAUCAGUCAAACGUCUCCCUCAGGCAGAAACGAUGCUACGUUAUCAGGGAAGUUAGACACGUACGACUAUAUGACCCUGCUGUCGCCAACAUAUCUCAUAUCAGAUGACCAGCUGGCCCCCGUAUCACCCGUCCAGUUUUCUUAUCAACAGCAUGAAUGCUGCCCAGACUGUAUGUCUCACCUCCCGUCUCACUCGGACCACUUUCUCGGCCACAACCCCUUGCGAGUGCCUCUUCUUUGCCGUUUCCAGCGGCAUUGCGCCAAGCCACUCGCGUUUUCAGCGCAAGAGGAAUUGGACACCGACGUGCUCUAUAAAGCUCCCUGUGGGCGGGGCCUGCGCUGCAUGGAUGAAGUGUAUCAAUUUUUACGCCAGACCAAAAGCCUCGGGGUCCUGCAGCAGACCAACUUCAGCUUCAAUCCACAGGUUCUACCAGAACGCCAGGCCCAGCCAAGACCGCUUGCUCCUGCUUCACCUUCUCCUACAACCAGUAUUUUUGAAAGAGACAUAAGUCGGGGGAUGGAAGCCGUCCCGGUUACUCUGUGUAACGACUUGGAUGGCGUGCGACCAAAAGAGUUUCGCUACCGUAAGAAUCGCUGGCCACACGGCUGCUUCCUAAGCAAGGCGCCGUUUUUCCGGACGUGUUGCGACUGCAAAGAUGGAUGCACGAAUCCUUCCAGCUGUGUGUGUCUUCAGCUGUCUCUAAAGGCCGGGGCAAAGGCAGACCAGCUUUAUAGUCACCUCCGGUUAAAUCAACCCGUGGCCUCUGGGCUGUAUGAAUGUGGUCCGUGGUGUAGUUGCAAGAAAAGCAGUUGUCAGAAUCGUGUGGUCCAGCACGGACUCCGUGCUCGCCUGCAGGUGUUUCGCACCAACGACAAGGGAUGGGGUGUGCGUUGCCGUGAUGACCUCGACGAGGGCACCUUUGUCUGCACUUACGCAGGUGUUGUUCUCCGACUUGGGAGGAACUCGGAGGAGCCCCUUCUCUGUAAAAUCUCGAAGGAGGAUCAGCUUUCGGACGACGAGGUGGAGGUGGUGGAGGAGUGGACACUUUCCUCAGGGCAGAAGAAAACGAUCGCUGAGACACUGGAUACCUCGCCACCACUUUACGUUCCUGUGAUCCAGAGGCCUGCAGACCAGCUCUCUACACAGCUGGAUGGGCAGAGGGAACAGCUGGAGCACACGGAUAACCAGGACAAAUCGAACGACUGUUCAUCACCUAAUUCCAAUCAUACAGAAAUAAAAAACUAUCGUUGCGAAGAGGUGGCGAGGAAAAGGCUCCGGUUGGACGACAAAGGAAACGGCGGCGGCGUACGCCGAGAUCAGACGGUGCCGAGAGCAGAAGGAAAACCCGGCUGUCAGGAAAAAAUCUAUUACCUCGACGCUUCGAAAGAAGGAAACGUGGCACGGUUUAUUAACCACAGCUGUAAUCCAAACCUCUUCGUCCAGAACGUCUUUGUGGACACCCAUGAUCCCAAAUUCCCAGUGAUUGCUUUCUUUACAUGCAGGUCGAUCAGGGCAGGAACCGAGCUGACCUGGAAUUAUUCCUAUAAAUCUGGAAGUGAUCCUGAGCAUGAGGUACCAUGUCUGUGUGGUUCAAAUGACUGCCAAGCAGUUAUCAUCUGAUCACAUGACCAAUGAUGUGAAACAAGUUUACAAUAAUUGGUGAAGCUGGUGUUUGACAGUGUUUGUUUGUUUUGUUUUUUAUACAAAAUUCUAAUGUAAUUUUUUUUACGGUUAAUAAUAUUGAUAUUGAUGCAGGUAAAAAAAUCUGCAUCGUUCACAAACAGCUUUGUCAAGCUUGUGCUUUUCGAUGAUGAUGAUGAUGAUGAUGAUGAUGAUGUGGAAGGCUGAUAUACCGAUCUCCUGUUCAUUGCACUGUAAUGUCAUUUAAAGAUUAAAGCUGUACGAAUGAUCUUCAA